AUGACUAUAUCAAAACCUGGGCAGUGCCAGAGUUCAUCGCAGAUGGGCCGUUCAAGUAUUACACAAGUGAGAAUUUUUAAUGAAGUAUCCUCACCAUUAUGUGUCCUGAUGUGCGUGUUGAGGUUGGUGAGCGAAGUGAAGCUCUUCCCGCAGCCCGGCGCCGGGCAGGCGCGCCGCACAACCGCGCGCGCGCGCGGCGUCGACCCGCCGUGCCGGCGUCCACAGUUUAAUCCGUAUCAUUUUAUUUCUCAAGUAGCAGGGCAGCACGGUGUUAUAGAACAACACACGCCUAAUGUCGUGGUAGAACAAACACCGGGAUUGCUACAUCCAAGUCAAGCGCCUCAACCUUCUGUUCAUUUACAUUCGAGUCAUGAAAUCUUGCAACAACCUGGCUUCCAUUUACAUCCUACUGAAGAAACUUUACAUCAACCAGGAUUUCAUGUACAUCCCACUCAAGAGACUCUUCCACAACCUGGCUACCAUCUUCAACCCGGGCAAGAAAUAUUACCACAACCUGGUUUCCACUUACACCCCACUCAGGAAACACUUCCACAACCUAAUUUCAACCUACAUCCUAACCAAGAAACAUUACCUCAGCCUGGGUUUCGUUUACAUCCUUCGCAAGUAUCAUCUCAAUCACCCAUACCCUUACAACCUACACAACCAUCUAUUCCAUUAGACCAUGAUGGUUGGUCACCAGUGCCAGCGCAGCCUCAAGAUUUGGGUGCAUCUCAUGAAGGACAUUAUCCACAGCACACCCAUCAUUUUACCCAAGAACAAGGCACGCAAGUUUACGAGCAUCAUACCGAUAAUAAUUACAAUGACUACCAACACCAACUACAACACCACAUUCAACAACAGAUAGAACAGGCACAAUAUGAGCAGAGCUUAAAUAAUCAACAUCAACUAUCACAAGAGUACGGCGUACCGCAGCAGCUGGGCCAAGAAUACGGCCAACCAAAUGAAUAUUCUCAACAAGAGCAAGAUUUUGCACAACACGCUCAGGAGUACCCACAGCAUGGGCAUGACUUUACACAGCAUCAACAAGAGUUUGCCCAAAAUGGACAAGAUUUUGCACAGCAUGCACAGGAUUUUGGACAUAAUAUACCAAACUUAGGGCAAGAAUAUGGCUUGCCGCACCAGGGCGCUGAAGGUAGAAACGCCGAUGAUAGUGAGCAACAGCAGUUUCAUAACCACAUACCUCUAGGUCUUCAACCGCCGAUCGACAGGCCACUAGACCAUUUCCAAUAG